GACUCACAUUGUUCCAAUACAGUAGGUCCACGUACUUCCAUGGGCUGGAGACGUAACAUGUAUAAACUGCCCACUGACCGGAUCUGCUAUUUAACAGGUGUAGCACCAAGUGCAACUGUGUCGUUUUUAGACAGAUCUAGCCCGGGACUAUGCGCUCAAUCUGGGGUUUAAUUGCCUUGGUGGCCGCGGCUACUUUUUACUUGUCUCUGCUGUCCGCGUUCCUGCCGCCGGGUCCGCGUGCCGUCCGUGUUCACGACGCGGAACCUGAACACACUGCCGAUGAACCGGAGGAAGAACUCAGGUUGAAGUUCCCGUCUGAUCUGGACGAGUUGAGGGAACUAGCCGAGCUGUUGCAGUUCUAUAAGACAGAACACACUGGCUAUGUGUUCAUCCUCUUUUGCAGUGCCUACCUCUACAAGCAGUCCUUCGCCAUUCCAGGCUCAUCCUUUUUGAACAUGCUGGCGGGGGCGUUGUUUGGGCCGUGGCAUGGAAUCCUCAUCGCCUGCACUUUGACUACAGUGGGUUCCACCAACUGCUACCUGCUGUCCCGUACAUUUGGCAAGCGCCACAUCGUCAGGCUCUUCCCUGAGAAGGUGGCGAUGCUACAGAGAAUGGUGGAAAAGAACAGGAGUAGUUUGUUCUUCUUCUUGCUCUUUCUGCGGUUCUUUCCCAUGACGCCAAACUGGUUUCUGAAUGUCACCUCUCCAAUCCUCAACAUCCCCAUCCCCAUAUUCUUUUUCUCCAUCCUCAUUGGUCUAAUCCCUUAUAAUUUUAUCUGUGUCCGUACGGGUGCCAUCUUGUCUGAGAUCCACUCUUUGGAUGACAUCUUUUCGUGGGGCACCCUGCUGCAGCUCCUGUUGAUCGCCUGUGUGUCUCUACUUCCCGGAGCUCUGAUCCGCCGCUACAGCCAGGCCCACCUCAAACUUGAUGGCCUGGAGGCCAAUGGACACCAAAAAGUCCUGAAUGAUCGCAAGACUAGAUGACCCAAAGACAGACAGAAGAGGAGACUGCAGUCUGUUAAUAUGGGACUGAUCAUUGGUCUGGAGUCACAGUUGAGGAUUUGCUUAUGAAUAUCUGAAUGCAGAGUGAAACUGACAUGGACAGAAAUACAAUUAUUGAAUGUCUAUAAUGAUGAUAAAGCACAAAAGAAGAGACUAUUAAUGUCUUUAAAGAGAACACAAUUAGUUUGCUGACAUGUUACAGUGGGUAUAGAAAAGA